AUGCAUGGGUCAUUACAGAGACUAGCAACCGAUCCCGUCUCAGAGCAGAGGUUCGCCAAAUUGGAGGAGACGGUGUUGGCCUUACUGGCAAAAAAUCAAGAGCUUUCAGAAAGCAUCGUUCAACUCAAGCUUGAUGUAGAAGACCUUGAGCAAGAAAGUGAAGAGUCCAAGAAUCUUGCUGCCAUUCAUACAACAGGCGUUUACUUUGAUGCGUAUAGAACUUCUGACUACAACAAUACGGGCACAGUAAUUACGUAUCAUCUGGCAGAGAUAAAUUACGGAGGCGGAAUAGACAAGAAUUCUGGAAUCUUCACCACACCCGGGGAAAUACAUCGAUAG